AUGGGCCGAUUUAGAGGCCGUGGGCGUAGAUUCUGGCGUGGUGCACGCAGAGGUGGUGGACGUGGUCCCCCUCAAGAUGCCCGAAAUAAUGACCGUGGUGGAUAUGAAUAUCCCCGUCGAAAUAAUAAUAAUAAUACGGUCUGGCAGAGACAACCAUUUCAGGCAAAACGCGAUAAAGGCAAAAUGCCCGCGGAAAGAAUUCCAGAAAAUAUGUGUAUUAGAUGUGGAAUGACUGGACACUGGGCCAAAGUUUGUAGAACCGCCCAACAUCUGGCAAAUGUCACUGAGGCAGAAAUGCCACUUGCUGUUCUUGAAGCCAGCACAUCUGGAAGCAUGCUUGAUCAAGAUCCUGCUCAAGAUGGAGCCUCUCUUGAGUUAUCAGAUUUCUUUACAGAUCUUGAUCCUCUUGUGUAA